AUGGGGGAGACCUCUGAUGGCUUAGUGGACGUUAUCGACUUAACAAGAGACACCAGACCAAGGACAAAGGAUCAUAAUGGGCCCUGUGUGAUCGACCUGACAAGAAAUGAGGAAGAAAGCAGGCAAAUUGUUACUUUUGAUUUGACUCUAGAAUCUGUUGCUCCUUCCCAGGAGUCAACCAGCCUUCAGACAUGUGCCACCUUCUCUAGCAAAGAGGUGACAGAAGGGCGGGCAGAUUGGGGUUCUUGGCCUGUUGGACAGAGACUUGUUAAUAACGAUCCCGUGGAUGUGGACCUUUUGGAAGAGGCCAGAGUGGGAGGUUCCCAGCCUCCCACAUCCAUCAGUCGGGCCUCUGUUUAUCCAGCAGAGCCUAAUUGUAGUUCAACAUCAUUCAUAGGUGACCUGAACUUCUUGGCAAACCUACAGCUGACUUCAAACGCUCCCUCUUUCUCUUCAACAAGCAAUAAUAGUAGCAGCAUAAGUCAAAGGGCACCCUUGCCAUGCCCACAGCAAGGUGUGCCUUGCCCUUCACAAGCCUUGCCAUGCCCACUGCAAGCCUCACCAUGUCCUCCACGAGCUGCCUCUUGUCCACCACGAGCCUUGUCAUGCCCUCCACAAACUGUGCAGUGCCGACCACAGGCUUUGCCUCACUCACUUCAAGAAGUGCCAUCUCUUCCUCAAGAUGUGCCUGGUCCUCAGAAUGGGCCAUGCCCUCAGCAGGAUAUGCCGGGAUCACCUCAAAAUUCAUUAUGGCCUCCUCAACUCUCACCGAGCCCACCUCAAGACUCACUCUGCCCACCUCAAGACUCUUUGUGGCCUCCUCAGCUCUCACCAAAUACACCUCAAAACUCCCUCUGCCCACCUCAUGAUGACUCUCUAGGCUUGCAUCAAGAUGAGAUGUUCCGCGUCCCUCUGGAGAUGCUCUGCAUCCCUCUGGAGAUGUGCUACGUCACACUGGAACUGCUCUGCGUCCCUCAGGAGAUGCCCUGCAUCCCUCUGGAGAUGUGCGGUAUCCCUCUGGAGAUACUCUACAUCCCCCAGGAGAUGCUCUACAUCCCCCAGGAGAUGCCCUGCGUCCCCCAGGAGAUGCCCUGCGUCCCCCAGGAGAUGCCCUGCGUCCCUCUGGAGAUGCCCUGCGUCCCCCAGGAGAUGCUCAGCAUCCCUCUGGAGAUAUCCUGCGUCCCUCUGGAGAUUCCCUGCGUCCCUCAGGAGAUGCCCUGCGUCCCUCUGGAUAUGCCCUGCGUCCCUCUGGAGAUGCUCAACGUCCCUCAGAAGAUGCUCUGCGUCCCCCAGGCGAUGUUCUGCGUCCCCCAAGAGAUGCUCUGUAUCCCUCAGAAAAUGCUCUGCGUUCCCCAGGAGAUGCUCUGCGUCCCUCAGAAAAUGCUAUGCUUGCCUAAUUUACCACCAGAUAAACCUAACUUGUCGCAGAUUGAAGUCCAGAACCGUAACAUGAUGGAUAUCUCAGUUCCGUCCUCUCAGAGCUUUUCUCCCAGGCCACAGUCUCCACAAGAUGAACCUUACCUAGAGAAAUUUCCUUGGCUUUCAGCCCUUAAAAAUUCAUCCCAAAAAGAGAUGUCGGUGUUAGAGCGUCCUGGCUCUAAGUCAGUCCGCGUAGAAGGGCCGGCCAACAGGCCAUGUCUGCAUAGACUGAAGUACUUCUUACGUCCUCCAGUGCACCACCUCUUCUUCCAGACAUUAAUACCAGAUAAAGACUCAAGAGAGAACAAAAGUCAGAAAGUAGAACCCAUCUCACACCGAAGACUAAGAAUGGUGACAAAUACGAUUGAAGAAAAUUUUCCUCUGGGGACUGUGCAGUUUCUCAUGGACUUUGUGUCACCUCAACAUUAUCCACCCAGAGAAAUUGUGGCGCACAUCAUCCAGAAAAUCCUGCUGAGCGGCUCCGAGACCUUGGAUGUCCUAAAGGAUGCUUACAUGCUCCUCAUGAAAAUUCAACAGCUGCAUCCAGCUAAUGCCAAGACAGUGGAAUGGGACUGGAAGCUGGUCACCUAUGUCAUGGAGGAAGAGGGACAGAAUCUGCCAGGGCGAGUCCUUUUUCUGCGUUACGUAGUACAGACGCUCGAAGAUGACUUCCAGCAGGUCUUGAGGAGGCAACGGCAGCACCUUCAGCAGUCCAUAGCAAGCACUGUGCUGUCCUGUGACAAGCAGCCUCAUAAUGUCAGAGAUGUGAUCAAGUGGCUGGUCAGAGCAGUAACCGAAUAUGGACUGACUCAGCCCACAAGUGGAAAUCAAACCUCGUCAGACACAAGAAUCUUGAAAACCAGCAGUAGCCAUGCUCAUGCCCAACCCAGCUUGACAAAGAACACCACGCAGCUGAUUGUCUGCCAGCUGCAGAGGAUGCUGUCCAUAGCCGUGGAGGUGGACAGAACCCCCACCUGCAGCUCCAAUAAGAUUGCGGAGAUGAUGUUUGGGUUUGUGCUGGACAUUCCUGAGAGGAGUCAGAGAGAGAUGUUCUUUACCACCAUGGAGAGCCACCUUCUGCGCUGCAAGGUGUUAGAGAUCAUCUUCCUCCACAGCUGCGAGACACCCACGCGCCUGCCCUUGUCUCUGGCGCAGGCCCUUUACUUCCUCAACCAUUCUACGUCCCUGCUCAAGUGCCAGUCGGACAAGACCCAGUGGCAGACUUGGGAUGAGCUGGUUGAGCAUCUGCAGUUUCUGUUGUCCAGUUACCAGCACGUGUUAAGAGAGCACUUACGAAGCUCAGUGAUUGACCGAAAAGACCUAAUCAUCAAAAGGAUUAAGGCCAAGCCCCAGCAAGGGGAUGACAUCACUGUGGUGGAUGUGGAGAAACAGAUUGAGGCCUUCCGCAGCCGCCUCAUCCAGAUCCUGGGGGAGCCCCUGGUCCCUCAGCUCCAAAACAAAGUGCACUUGUUGAAGCUCCUGCUCCUCUUUGCUGCAGACUUGAACCCUGAUGACGAGCCCUAA